AUGGCAAGACCGUCGUCCCCCCCGGCGGCCGAGGCCGACCGACGACCCUUCCCGACGAAGCAGAUGUUUAUCCUAGCGUGCUGCCGGAUAUGCGAGCCCAUCGCGUUCAUGUCCAUCUUUCCGUACAUCUAUUACAUGAUUGAAGACUUCCGCAUCACCGACGACUCCACUAAGAUAUCCGUAUACGCCGGCAUGGUCACCUCGGCCUUUACCCUGGCCGAGUUCGCCACGGGCCUCAUGUGGGGACGGUUGAGCGACAAGGUUGGUCGCAAGCCGGUGCUGUUGAUGGGACUUUUGGGAACGGCCAUCAGCGUCUUGAUGUUUGGCUUCGCCCCGAGCCUGCCGGUCGCACUCUUUGCCCGCGCACUCGGCGGUCUCCUAAACGGGUACGAGCCAGACGGGGCCUUGGCCGGCGCCAGCUUCUUUUUUGCUCGAGACGACCGGCUGACAAGCUUGUCCUCCAGGAACAUUGGCGUGCUGCAGACGACCGUGGCGGAAUUGGUGACUUCGAGGGAGCAGCAACCCCGCGCUUACACCAUCAUGCCCAUGGUUUGGUGCAUCGGAUCCAUCAUCGGUCCGAUGAUCGGUGGUGCGCUCGCCCGACCCUGCAUCAGCUACCCGAACCUGUUCCCCCGCGGCUCGAUUUGGGACCGUUACCCCUAUCUUCUUCCGAAUCUCUUCAGCGCCAUCAUGGUGUUCGUCGGCGUCGCCAUCGGCCUCCUCUUUCUGGAGGAGACGCAUAUCGAGAAGAAGCUGCAGAGGGACCGCGGGCGCGAGCUCGGAAGGAAGCUGACCGCUCUCCUCCGAAAGGCCACUGGCCGCUGCCAACGGCGCAUUCGGAUCCCGGAGAAGCAGGCGCUUCUGGCCGGCCACGACGACGACGACGACCUGACAGGCCGCAACGCCGCCGGGGCAUGUGCACGCGCCGGGGACAAACUGACCGAAAUGGACGAGCCCCUGCCGGCGUAUCGGAGUCGUGAAAAUUCGCCCAAGCUGGCACCCCGAAAGGGCCCCCUGACGCGGCCUCAUGACGACCAAGGUCAUCGAAUCGGCUCCGAGCCGGGCGGGAAGGCAAAGGUCUUUACGAAGCCUGUCAUCCUGAACAUAAUUUCCUACGGGAUUCUUGCCUUGUACCUCUUUCCCGUCUUUCUCAGCACCUCGCCGCCGGAGAAGGCGGUGGCGGAGCUUCCGUUCAAAUUUGUCAACGGAUUCGGCCUCGACACGAAGACGAUCGGCGCCAUCAUGUCCGUCCAGGGCCUCUACUCGCUGCUCUCCAACUACCUCAUCGUGCCGCCCGUCACCAGGAGGCUGGGUUCCCUUCGCCUCUUCCGCCUCCUCGCCUUCUCCUACUUCGCCCUCUACCUCGUCACGCCGUACCUCGUGCUGCUUCCGGACGGCCUGAGGAUGCCUGCCAUCUACCUUCUCGUCAUCUGGAAGUGCACGUACGCAACCAUGGCAUACCCCAACAACGCGAUCCUCCUGGCCAAUGCGGCACCGUCGAGGCAGGUUUUGGGCACCAUCAACGGAAUCGCGGCGUCGACGGCCAGCCUGUGCCGAGCCGUCGGCCCCACCCUCUCCGGCUUCCUUUACGCCGUCGGCCUGGAGUCGGGCUAUUCCGGCCUCGCCUGGUGGUUUAGCGGCUUCGUCACCAUCGUCGGCGCCUACCUCAGCUCUCAGAUUACCGAGGGCGAGCUGCCGACGGCUCCCGUGGACGAGGUCGCCUUGCUCGACGAGGCUCUCCUCCACGACGACGACGAGGUCGUGUAG